AUCGACGCUAAAGUAGCCAAAGUGUUUAAAAUCUCGCACGGACGGAAGACUAAUCGAGAUUAGCACAUAAGGUCAUUCGCUAUGGCGAAUGUAUUUGGGCGUACUAAACCAAACACGGGCUGGAACACAUCCGUAUCUCAGGCGGAUGGGAUUCAAAAUGUACUGGAAGAAGUGCUGCAUGAGUUAAAAUAUCUUUCGAGCGGGAUGCGCAUGGUGCUCGAGCAUCUGGGACUGGCAGUGGAGCCGGAGAUCAAGUCGGAGUGUGGGUCGAAUAAAUCAGCAGAUAAAGUUGAGUCACCCCAGGCCUUAUCGAGAGCAGAUGACGAGUUUCCCGAAGAUCAGUAUGAAGUAAUGGAGGAAAUAGUAAUACGGGAACCAGAAGCCUAUGAGGACCAAGAACUACUACAAGAACAAGGGAUACAAGAGGUGGAAGAAGUACAAUCGGUACACGCGCUACAAGAGGUCCACCACAUCCAAGAGAUCCCAGAGGUCCAAGAUAUCCAAGAGAUACAAGAUAUGCAAGAGAUACAAGAGAUUCAGGAUGAGCUCGAGGUUCUCGAAGUGCAAGAAGUUCAAGACGUUCAAGGCGAACAAGAGGAGCAAGAGAGGCAAGAGCAACAAGAGGAACCACAGGAACUAGAAGAACAAGAAGAGCUCGAGGAACUAGAGCAACUAGGGGAACAAGUGAAUCAAGAGGAGCAGGAGACACAAGAGAUACAAGAGAUACAAGAGACACUAGUGGAAGAGCAGCAGUACAAAACACAGUACAAACUCAUUCCUAGCGUGCUCAUUCCUAGCGUGCUCAUUCCUAGCGUGAAAGAGGAAAGCUACGAUAUUGACGAUCGACUUAUGCUCGCUAUUACACCCAAACCUGUGCGACCAUUUGCUCUGGUGAACUCUUUGUAUGAUCUUGCGCAGCUGGAGUCAAAGGCGGCCAAUCCAGCUUUCAUUACGCCCGUGAUCGAAUGGAUAGGACACAUAGAUGGCGGUGGACGGACGGUUUGUCUGCAAAUCGUGGACCAGUUUUUCGAUCGCUCAUUCCUGCUGAAUGUCUCGUGGACGGGAUCUUCUCGGCCCAAACCCCCACAUUUUAACCAGAGGGAUAAAAAGAUAGCUCUGCGGGACUACAUCAACACGAUAGACCUCUUCUACCGUACCGUGCUCUACUCGGAUCCGGAAUUCACCUUUGAUCAGGCUACUUCGUUUCUGCACGAUUGUCUGAGGAACGCCUCACAGCGUCGCGAUUUUCUUAAGCUGCGGAAAUCGGCUACCAAGCGCCGUAGACGAGGCGUUUCGAAUGGGAGAGGUGAACCAUACAACCGUAAAGCGCCUCGGAUUUUGGCUUCCAAAUCGGUGGCCGAUUUCGAUCCUUCCAUUUAUUACACUUCAGAGGAAGAUUUGUCGCUGAGUGUAGAAACCGCCGGAGAAGCGCACGAUGUGGAGCAAGAGACCAACAUGACGAUGGCAAAAGAUAAGCUUGAGCAUGAGAUGAUUGAGAUAUAUCCUAUGAAAAUGUUCACACCGAUUAAGUGCUUGUCCGAGCUUAAUGCGUUGGAAAAACAGGCGGCCGAUAAGUCGUUCGUCGUUUCCGUCCUCCGAUCGAUAGGUCGUGUGCACGGAAGGGGCCGUGCCGUUGCAUUACAGAUGGUGGAUCAGUUUUUCGACCGCAACUUCCUGACCCACUGCUCGUGGGCCGGCAUCAGUAAGGAGGGAGAAGCACGGAAAAUACCCUUGAGCAUGUUCUGUCACACGAUCAACCUCUUCUAUCGAGCUGUUCUUUAUUCUGAUCUCGAGUAUGGUCUGAUAGAAGCGAAACAGUUUCUUCAGUGGUGCCUCAGCAACGCCAAAUCGCGGUCCAAGAAACAGCCAUUGAAACUGCACCACAUAACCAUUGACAGACCACCGAUGCCGUUCUCGCCAGUCGCCAGCUUGGCCGAGCUGGAUGCGCUCGAGAGACAGGCCUCUGACCAGACAUUCAUCUUGUGCGUCAUAAAAGCGAUAGGGACCGUAGAAGGAGGAGCACGGACUGCGUGCCUUCAGUUAGUGGAUCGCUUCUUCGAUCGUGGUUUCCUAAUGCAGGCCUCGUGGACGGGCACGUCGAGAACCAAACGGGACGAGCCAAACGGCACACCGAAGACGGAGAAAAUGGCCGGCAAAAUAGCCUUAAGGAACUAUCCAAACACGAUGAAGCUGUUCUACCACGCAAUUCGUCAGUCAGAUCUGCAUUUCGGCUUCGAUCAGGCGAAACUAUUUCUUCGGACGUGUUUGAAGAACUCCAAACAGCGGCUCGAGUGCCGCCGUAUGAGGAAACCGGUUGCAAAGCGGAGAGUUAAAAGCACGGGGGCAUCACCGGGAAGUGCAAAUGAAACGGUUAACAGCACGAUUGCUGGCGACACGGAUGCAGAAGGUGAACUGAACGAUCUGGAUCAAGCGCUGGUCGAACCAGUUGACGAUAGGAUCAUCCGGGUGGUCGAGUUCAAUCCGGAACAACCAUUUGCUCCGCUGAAAUGUUUGGACGAUCUGGAGUGGUUGGAAGCGAAGGCCACGGAUCAAAGCUUUAUCGUUUCGGUCGUGAAAGCGAUCGGAUGCAUCCUGGGAGGUGGUCCUGCUGCGUGUCUAGAGAUAAUGGAUCGGUUUUUCGAUCCGUCUUUCCUGUUGCUGUGCUCCUGGACAAGAAUGAAAAGUGGCGAAAUUCCCCUCGGAACGUAUGAGAACACCAUCAAUCUUUUUCAUAGCGUAGUACGGUACUCGGAUCUGUCGUUCCCUCUCGAGGAGACGAAAGCAUUUCUCCAGCGGUGCAUCAGAAUUACUAAGCAGCGGAGCCAAAUACGAGGACUUAAAACAAUCGUUACAAAACGAAAAAUUCAACGACCAGUAUGGAGGCAGCAGUAUCGACCGGUGUCCCGCGCCCGAAAUGCGAUGCCAUUUGCACCGGUAACAUGUUUGGCCGAGUUAGAUGAGCUUGAGAAGAUUGCUAACCAGCGUAGUAUCAUUAUAUCCUUCAUCAAUGCUGUUGGGUCAAUAAGGGGAGGCGGUAGGAAUGCGUGUCUGCAGAUAGUAGAUCGAAUCUUUGAUCGAUCCUUUCUGUUGCAUUGUUCCUGGUCCGGCGCAUCGAGGGGAUCGAAGAGAGGUAAAAUUGGACUUAAAAAUUAUGAAAACAUCCUGCAGCUGUUCUACCGCGCGGUUCUCUAUUCGGAUCCGGCUUAUCAGUACGAAGAGUUUGAGCGUUUCCUGAGUUUUUGCACGCGAAAUGCUAAACAUCGCCAUUCAGCAAGUUUGCUGAGGAAAUCGGUCACAAAACGUUGGAUCGGGCGUAGAGAUCAUUGGCGAACCCGCUACCAAAAUCAGGAGGAGAAAGACGACACGACAACAGACCAGGAAUCUGCUGCACAGUUCGAACAAGUCGACGAUGAAGCGCAACCGGUGGUUUACGAAAUUGUGGAGGUGAUUGAGUAGAGCAACGUGCUGAU